AUGCUAACAUCACUGGUAUUCUAUCCGUCACUUGGCUAUAAUCUAUUCAGAAAUUAUGUGCAAGGAUCCCGUUGGGCGUGGUACAAUCGUGUUGAUGACACACUGAUCCUCGGCGCAAUGCCAUUUCAAUCGAUGAAAAAUGAGCUGAUCGGGAAGGAGAAUGUGGGCGGAGUCGUGUGUUGUACAGAGGAGUUCGAGUUGAAGGCAGCUCUGAAUGCGAUGCGUGAGGAGGACUGGCGCAAAGAAGGCGUCGAAUUUUUCGCGGUCCCGAUGAAAGAUUUCACUGGAUCAGCGCCACGUGCCGAAAUCGAUGGAGCCGUGCAAUUCAUUGAAAGUGUCGCGGCCAAGGGGAAGACGGUCUAUGUGCAUUGUAAGGCGGGCCGCACCCGAAGCGCCACAGUUGCCACGUGUUAUCUGAUGAAGUCUCGUAAUUGGAUGUCGAACGUCGCCUGGGAGUUUCUGAAGGACAAACGUCAUCAGGUGCUCCUUCGGAACGCUCAUUGGAGAACUGUCAACGAGUAUCGCCGGUUUUUGGAUUCUAAUUCUUCGUCGACGUCUUCUAAAUGA